UGACAUAAACUCCACGUGUCUUAACUGAAGCUGGCUGCUUGCUUAAGCUCUUCCUCCCUUUUCUCUGCUCAUCUAAUUACAGUCACUCUCCCGAUAAAUAGUUCGUAGAAAAUUCAGUUUGAUAUUUUCUUAUCGAGCUCCAACCUAAGGAAAAGCCAUUCUUUUAUAUUAUUACUCCCAUGUUUCUUUCUAAAUUUGACUUGCAGCAGACAAUUUCUUUCCAGGGGAUAUAAAACCCGUAAAAGCAUCUAAAAACCUCAUGCCAACCGAACUACCGGGAUGAAUCUCGCAAUAUCAAACCCUAAUUAUCACCAGCUCUCCUUCCUGAUUCAAACCCCCAUUUUCUCCCGAUUAAAUUCCGUAUACCCGACUUUCCUCCAUGGCGACAUCCAAUUUCUCCCUGGAUACCGGAGAUUCGCUUCCGUGUCCGGAAAAGUAAGGGCCAAGGCCAGGGAGCUCGUCCUCGGGAACCCCUCGGUGGUUGUCGAGAAGGGCAAGUAUAGCUACGACGUGGAGACUCUGAUCAACAAGCUGAGCAGUCUGCCACCUCGUGGCAGCAUCGCCAGGUGCCUCGACGUCUUUAAGAACAAACUGUCCUUAAACGACUUCGCUUUGGUGUUCAAGGAGUUCGCCCAACGUGGCGACUGGCAACGCUCCCUUCGACUCUUCAAGUACAUGCAGCGUCAAAUCUGGUGCAAACCAAACGAGCACAUAUAUACGAUAAUGAUCAGUCUGCUAGGCCGCGAGGGUCUUCUCGAGAAAUGCGCCGAGAUAUUCGACGAAAUGCCUAGCCAAGGGGUGGCGCGUAGCGUCUUCUCGUACACGGCUUUAACCAAUGCAUAUGGCCGAAAUGGUCAUUACGAGACUUCCCUUGAGCUUCUUGAUAGGAUGAAGAGUGAGAAGAUUUCACCCAGUAUUUUGACUUAUAAUACCGUGAUUAAUGCAUGUGCGAGGGGUGGGUUGGAUUGGGAGGAGUUGCUGGGUUUGUUUGCGGAGAUGAGGCACGCGGGAGUACAGCCUGAUAUAGUUACUUAUAAUACUUUGCUUAGUGCUUGUGCUACUAGGGGUUUAGGCGAUGAGGCAGAGAUGGUUUUCAGGACCAUGAAUGAGGGAGGGAUUGUUCCUGAUGUAACCACGUAUAACUAUCUCGUGGAGACGUUUGAAAAGCUGGGUAAGCUGGAGAAGGUGUCAGAGCUUCUUAGGGAGAUGGAAUCUGGAGGGAAUUUGCCAGAUAUCACGUCUUAUAAUGUGUUGUUGGAGGCGUAUGCUAAGUCCGGGUCUAUUAAAGAGGCAAUGGAUGUGUUUAGGCAGCUACAGUUGGCAGGGUGCGUGCCAAAUGCUACUACUUAUAGCGUUUUGUUGAAUUUGUAUGGAAGGAAUGGAAGGUAUGAUGAUGUUCGUGACCUCUUUCUUGAAAUGAAAGCAAGCCAUACAGAGCCGGACGCAGCUACUUAUAACAUUUUGAUUCAGGUUUUUGGCGAAGGAGGGUAUUUUGAGGAGGUAGUAACUUUAUUUCAUGAUAUGGUGGAUGAGAAUGUUGAGCCAAAUAUGGAGACGUACGAGGGGUUGAUAUUUGCUUGUGGAAAGGGAGGCCUCCAUGAGGAUGCCAAGAAAAUUUUACUGCACAUGAGCGAGAAAGGUAUUGUUCCGAGUUCCAAGGCUUAUACUGGGCUAAUAGAAGCUUAUGGACAAACUGCAUUAUAUGAGGAGUCUCUUGUUGCCUUUAAUGCAAUGAAUGAAGUGGGAAGCAUGCCAACUGUUGAAACAUACAACUCCUUGCUUCACACAUUUGCAAGAGGUGGACUGUAUAAGGAGUCUGAGGCGAUUUUGUUCAGGAUGAGUGAGUCUGGUGUUGCAAGAAAUAGAGACUCUUACAAUGCUGUUAUUGAAGCCUUCAGGCAAGGUGGUCAGUUUGAAGAAGCUAUCAAGACUUACGUUGAUAUGGAGAAGGCAAGAUGUGAUCCUGACGAACGGACGCUUGAAGCUGUCAUAAGUGUUUAUUGCCUUGCUGGGCUUGUGGAUGAGAGCAAGGAGCAAUUCCAGGAAAUUAAAGCUUCGGGAAUAUUGCCCAGUGUCAUGUGCUACUGUAUGAUGCUGGCUGUUUAUGCAAAAACUGAAAGGUGGGAUGAUGCGAAAGGCUUGCUGGAUGAGAUGCUAGCUAACAGAGUAUCUAAUAUUCAUCAAGUGAUAGGGCAGAUGAUCAAGGGGAAUUAUGAUGAUGAAGCUAACUGGCAGAUGGUAGAGUACAUAUUGGAUAAACUUAAUUCUGAAGGAUGUAGUUUGGGAAUAAGGUUCUACAAUGCUCUUUUAGAAGCACUUUGGUGGUUGGGUCAGAAAGAACGGGCCUCAAGAGUGCUCAAUGAAGCAACAAAACGUGGGCUUUUUCCAGAACUUUUCCGUAAGAACAAACUUGUCUGGUCUGUUGAUGUGCACCGGAUGUCAAAAGGAGGCAUGUAUACGGCAAUGUCAGUUUGGCUGAACAAUAUGUUUGAAAUGUUCGUAAGUGGGGAGGAUCUUCCUCAGCUUGCAACCGUUAUUGUGGUACGAGGGCAAAUGGAGAAAAGUUCAUUUACUAUGGAAUUUCCUGUUGCAAAGGCUGCCUAUUCAUUCCUGCAGGAGAAUAUGCCGUUGUCAUUUUCUUUCCCAGCAUGGAAUAAAGGUCGCAUUGUCUGUCAGCGGUCUCAGCUGAAAAGGAUUCUGUCUAAGAUGGGAUCAUCUUCAGAUGAGUCUAGAAAGGAUAAACUAAUUACUUUAAGUAACUCUUCAUUUUCUGAUCCUGGAACAAGAACACCAAUAAAUGUUCUAAAGAGUAGCCAAGAAGAUACUAGUAGUUCUGGAACAAGAGUGAAGAUGAGAACAGAGCUUGCAACAAGCACAGUUUAAAUGGCUAUAAGAAUGAAUCUAUUGUCGAUGCCAAGAUUUCGAAGUUGCUGAGCUACAAGGAUGGGUCAAACUGAAGAUUUGAUGCUCUUAUCCUGUUGGUGAUGCCAGCUCGGUUGGCACGGCUGCUUCUACUGGCCUGUCAUUUAAGUAGGUUUCAACAGCUCCAAUAAUGUUCUUGUAAUUUUGUAGCUGUAGAUUAUCCCUUUUAUAGUUAAAUAUAUAUUGGUAUCUUUUUGCAAUUCUUCUUCUAUAAAAAGUCAAAAAGUGUAUGUUUUUUUGUAAAAGACUAGCUAGAGUUUAAGUGCUUAUGGAGAGCUGGAAAGGAAGAAUGCCUUUUCAUUCUAUUGAA